AUGCAACAUUUGCCCACAGCUAUUCCUUUUGCUUUAAUGGAUGAAACUUUUCAUGUUUCAAUGCUUAAUGGUAACAAUUUUUCUAACUGGAAAGAAAAUUUAUUUUUCACAUUGGGGUGUUUGGAGCUUGACUUGGUGCUUCGUGUGGACGAACCACCCGCCCUCACAAAGAAACGCAUUAGGGGUUCCAUCCCUGAAUGCACUAAAGCUAAGGCAUUCAUUAAGGCAGUUGAGGAACAAUUUAUGAGUUCCUACAAGGCCUUAGCCAGCAUCCUAAUGAAGAAGCUAUCAAGCAAGUCCUUUGAUAAUUCUAGAAGUCUGCGUGAGCACACUAUGGAAAUGAAGGACAAGGCAACUCAACUCAAGUUCCUAGAAAUUGAUAUAUCUGAGUCAUUCUUGGUUCAUUUCAUAUUGAACUCUCUCCCCUCUAAGUAUGUUCCUUUUAAAAUAUCCUAUAAUACACAUAAGGAUAAAUGGUCAGCAAAUGAACUUCUGACCAUGUGUGUUCAAGAGGAGGAGAGAUUAAAACAUGAGAAGCCAGAAGGUGUUCACAUGGCUAUUCAUGCUAAGGGAAAGACCAAGAGAGGCAAGCAUACCCAAAAAUUCAAGAAGGAGAACAAGGUGCCAAUCAAGAAAAUUGGCAAGAAGGAUAUACUUGUUUCUUUUGCAAGAAAGAAGGGCAUAUGA